AUGUUACGUGUGGAGCUGUUGGUGGUCAUAGCCACUUGCCUUUGUGUGGCGGUCGCCAGGAGCUCGCCACAGGCUCGCAACAUCCAGGAGCUACUUAAAAAUAUUGACACACGUUAUUCUGAUAACUUAACUGAAGACGCGAAUCUUGACGUGCCAGCUCUCAUUACAAAAUAUGGCUACCCCGUUGAAGAACAUUCAGUGACAACGGAAGAUGGCUACAUUUUGGGAAUGCAUCGUAUUCCUUACGGACGCGACGCUAACAAUGUGGCUAAUCAAAACAAACCUGUUGUGUUAGUGAUGCAUGGUCUGCUCUGUUCAUCUGCUGACUUUAUUCUCAUGGGGCCAGGUUCUGGUUUAGGUUACAUUCUUGCUGAAGAAGGAUUCGACGUCUGGUUAGGCAAUUCCCGCGGUAACUAUUAUUCUCGUAAGCAUGUUACGUUGAACCCUGACGCCAUACUGAACACAGAAUUUUGGCAGUUUUCUUACGAUGACAUAGGCAACAUGGACUUACCUGCUAUGAUUGAUUAUAUACUUGAUACUACCGGGGUAGAAAAGCUUCAUUACGUGGGCCACUCACAGGGUACUACAUCAUACUUCGUAAUGGGAGCUAUGCGACCAGAAUACAACGAUAAAAUCAUUUCUAUGCACGCUCUGGCUCCCGUGGCUUACAUGGCGCAUAACGAGAACCUCCUCCUGAAUGCAUUAGCACCUUUUUCUACUGAAGUUGAAACGAUUUCAUCUUUAGUUGGUGUGGGUGAGUUUAUGCCUCAUUCGAUUAUCUUCACGUGGGCGGGUGAAGCCAUGUGUCGUGAUGAAGUAGUAUUCCAACCUAUCUGCAGUAACAUUUUGUUUUUGAUCGGUGGAUGGGAUGAAGCACAACUUAACACUACUAUGAUGCCGGUUAUCUUCGCUCACACUCCGGCUGGUGCCUCUGUAAAACAGCUUGCACAUUACGGACAAGGAAUUGCUGCCAAAGGUUUUCGUCGAUAUGACUACGGAACUAAUUUAGCUAAUUUUCUAAAGUAUGGGUCCUUUACUCCACCCAGUUAUGAUUUAUCUAAAGUAACCAGUCCAGUGUACCUGCAUUAUUCAACAGGCGACCCACUCGCUGAAGUCCCAGAUGUUGAGACAUUGUUCAGUGAACUAGGGAAUCCGAUGGGCAUGUAUUUGGUACCUUUAGAGAAAUUCAGCCAUGUUGAUUACAUGUAUGGUAUAAACGCGAAGGAGUUAGUAUAUGACGAAGUGGUUAAUAUUAUGAAAUCAUUGGAUGCCAGUGCAUAG